AUGAGAACCCUAACAACAGAUCUAAUCUGUAUACCUUACGAAAUAAUACAGAAAUAUUUUCAAAAAUUCUAUAAUACAGAACGAUUGUAAUAUGAAAGUCAAAAUAAGAAAAUGCUCAUAAAAGGGAAAAAGUUGCAAGAAUUAUAUUCAUUCUAUGAUGCUAUUUUAGUUUAAUUGAUAGAAGAUGAUAUUUUUUAAAUAGAAAAGCUAAGUUAAAAAAGCAAACAAAAUUAGAUAAGAUUUACAAAAUUGAAAAGGAAAUCUUAUAAAAUGAAAAAAUAUCCAAAAAAUUAAGAAUCUCCUUAUGAAAAAUGA